AUCUUCAAGACCCACCCAAGAACGAUCUUCAAGAUGACUAAGAAGAGAAGAAAUGGCGGCCGCAACAAGCACGGACGAGGCCACGUCCCCUUCGUUCGUUGCUCCAACUGCGCUCGAUGCGUCCCCAAGGACAAGGCCAUCAAGCGCUUCACGAUCCGCAACAUCGUUGAGGCUGCGGCUGUUCGUGACCUGAGCGACGCCUCGGUGUACGCUGAGUACGCUCUGCCCAAGCUCUACUUGAAGAUUCACUACUGCGUCUCCUGCGCCAUCCACGCUCACGUCGUUCGUGUGCGUUCGCGCGAGGACCGUCGCAACCGCGAGCCCCCUGUUCGCGUUCGCUACAACAAAGACGGCAAGAAGAUCAACCCUGCCGUUGCUGCUGCACAAGACCGUGCUCGCACUUGAGCGCGCGUCUAGUGUCAUGACCAGCCAUCCUUCGGCUAUGGGAGAUCACGGUCGAGGGCCAAGCUGGAUGGCGACGGGUGAGGGUAGUCGUGAUGCGUAAUACAGGUGCUUUGCGCGCUGUACUUCUCGCCUCACUUGCGGUUUGGACAAAAAGGGACACAAACACAACCAUUUCCC